GACAACAUUUGACCUUGGCAUUGGUAAAUCGCACAGUGAAACACUUGGAAGAACCAUGGCUUCAGUAUUUGGAGGGAUCGAGAUUGCCCCACCGAUCGAGGUAUUUAAUUUGACAGCUCAGUACAACGAGGACAACCAUCCACAAAAAGUUAACCUCGGAGUCGGAGCCUAUAGAACAGAUGAGGGGAAACCAUGGGUGUUGCCAGUCGUGCGUACAGUGGAAGCACAGAUGGCGACUGAUGUCACACUGAAUCACGAAUACCUACCAGUGGCCGGCAUGCCAGAUUUUAGACUGGCUGCUCUCAGACUCUUGUUGGGAGAAGAUUCUCCUGCCAUUGUGGAAAACAGGGUGGAGGGUGUUCAGGCCAUUGGGGGGACAGGGGCAAUCAGACUGUGUGCAGACUUCUGUAAGAAGAUGUUGGGAUACGACAGCAUGUACACAUCAAGUCCAACAUGGGGCAACCACUUGGGUAUCUUCAAGAGUUGUGGAUAUUCUAAUGUCAAACAAUACAGAUACUGGGAUGCACAGAAUCGCACCAUUGACUUCAAUGGAAUGAUGGAAGACUUAAAUGCAGCACCAGAAAAGACUGUAGUCAUUUUACAUGGAUGUUGUCACAACCCAACUGGAGUGAACCCAACAGAAGAACAGUUAAAAGAAAUUGGAGACUUAGUAGAGAGGAAGAAGUUCAUGUUGUUGGUAGAUGAGGCCUAUCAGGGCUUCGCUUCUGGUAACUUGGAGCAGGAUGGAAACACUGUUCGAUAUUUCGUCAAAAGGGGAUUUGAAUUUUUUGUCUCACAGUCGUUUUCUAAAAACUUUGGUUUAUACAAUGAAAGAACAGGUAACUUAGCCAUAAUCUGUGCCAAUAAGGACGCCAAGCUGCGAGUAAAAUCCCAGAUGGAGAUGGUUGUCAGGACGACCUGGUCCAAUUCUCCGAACCACGGAGCCAGAAUUGUAGCCUCAGUACUCAACAACCCAGCAUAUUAUGCAGAAUGGAAAGAGCAUGUGAAGACGAUGUCAGAUAGAAUUAAGAUGAUGAGGGAGAUGUUGUUCCAGAAACUAAAGUCACUUGGUACCCCCGGGAAAUGGGAUCACAUCAUUGAACAGAAGGGAAUGUUCAGCUUCACAGGACUGAAUCCUGCUCAAGUAGACAUUCUGAUGAAGAAAUACCACAUCUACCUUCUGAAAAAUGGCCGUAUCAACAUGUGUGCUCUGACAACAUCCAAUAUGGAGUAUGUGGCCAAUGCUAUUCACGCAGCUGUCACUGAGUGCAAGCUGUAGAAGAACAUCUUAGUAGCAUAAAGGACACUGAGGGACUAACUUGUCUGCAUGCCUAAAUUAUUGUUCGGAUCAAAGAGUGUCAGAAGUUGUAAAACCAUGAAAUGAAACACAUUUUCAAUCCUUGAUAUUAUCUAUGUUCUGUGAUUAAUGAUAAUCAGGAAUUCUCCAAAUUUAUGCUUGGUAAAGGAUAUGCCACAAAAGAUUAACUUAUAUAGUGUAUCUUUAGGUUUUGUUCUACGUACUGGCAAACAAUUCAGCAAUCAUUUCCUCCCCCAUGUAUAUGCAGUGCCGAAAUAAAGCCUUGGAUAUUAGUAAAUUGUUAUGUCUCAUUGUACAUCAACUUAAUCGUGGUAGAUUUAUUGACUGGUGUGUUUAUUGAUGUUCUGUGUUAUAAAUAUGCAGAUUUUAUCUUGAAUAUUUAAAAUAUCAUGAAUUCUGCUGAUUUUAGAUUUUUAUAAUAUCAAAUAUAUUAUGGAAAAAAUUGUAUUAAUUGAAUUGUGGUUUUUGAUUGAUACAUAGGUACUUCAGUGAAUAUUCUAAUACUUUGAUGUUCAAUCAAAUUACACUCCUUUAUGCAUGUACUGGUGCAUGUAUUAUGAAAUUACAAUUCAAGACCAAUUAAAGGUCUGUCAGCUAGUGUUGAUUUUGAAACCCAUAUCUAUAACCACUUCGAAUAUAAAGAUAUGUAAUUUUGAUUCUAUUGAAUCUAUGAUGUGCCAUUCAAUUAAUGGUAAGGUCUUUGAUCCAAAUAGAGUACAAGCUAGAAAGUUCUUUUCAUUCAAUAUACUGUAAACGUAUUACAUUUGGCUGUGUAUUCUAUUGAGCGUUUUUGGCGGAAAACGGCAUCUGCUAAAUCAAGUACAUCACCAAAUGUAAAACAUAUAAGUAGAUAAAUAGGUACAUUCAGAAAUGUACUAAAUCAAAUCCACGCUAACUUGUUGAAAAACCAUAUUCCGCCAAAUAUCGAGUACGCUAAAUAUAGUACAUUUACAGUCAAAGGGUGCUUAUUUAUGGGGAAUAAGACAAUGAACAUUACAAUUGUUGUGAUGUUUUGAGUUGUGAAAGUAAAUUUUCAUCAGAUUAUUUUUUUGUUGAUAUAUGUUUACUUGUAUGCAUAUCUUCCAAAUUCAAUGUCUGGGCUGUAACUUUUUGUUUACAAACCAAAUUAUUUACCUAGCUCUAUCGACUUAUCUAUUUAAUUUUUCUCUCAGAAGUGCUAUGUAUUGUUAGAUUUUAAUUUUUGUUUAUAUGUAUUAAUUGGUUGAUCAGAUAUAAAGAAGCUUUUGAAAUGGAAAGUUGAUUUUGUUGUGUCAGUUUUAAAUUUUGAUUGAGUGAUUAUACAUUUGCAAUGAUAUUGAUGUGAAAGCUUAAACUGAUUUUAACCGGUUCAGAAUGUCCUUGUGUUAUACCAAUGUCUGUAGUAAUACAAACAGCCAUUCUACAAAUUUUCGUAUUUGGAUGUUGCAUUUUUUAGCUGCAUUUUGUUCAUUCAUGAUUAAGGUAUGAACAGCAGUGUAGAUGAAGCUGAAUCUAUCAAAUUACUGGAAGAAUUAUUCAAUAAAGGUAAAAGCCAUU